AUGGCUUCAUCAGAUGACGACUUCAAUAAAUUUGAUACGUUAUCUGAUGAUGAAUAUUUGGUCUUAAUUGAAAAAUUCUAUGAAAAAAAUGCAAAUAAUUUUGCAUUUCCUCACCUUGAUUUGGAGAAAAAACAACGACUCGUUACUGAAUUAUUCAGCCGCUUACGUUCAUUUAAUUCCAAUGCAACUCAUCUGUGUUUAAAAACAGUUCGUUUACUGACACGCGAUCGUGAAGGACUUGAUGCACUUACUGGAUCAUCGGUGCUUGAACCCUUGCAAAAAUUAGCUGGUUUAGAAUGUACCAAAGUGGAUGUUAAUCCCGUUGAUGUUCAAAAUGUUAUUGAAGCACAAAAAUGCAUGUCGAAUUUGAUUUAUAUGAGUCCCGCUGUGCAAAAAUUUUACAGCGUUAGUGGAGUAGCUGAUGCGAUAACCCAACGUAUUAAAGAAACAACGGCGACGAAAUUAGACGAUGGAAUUCGAUUUUUUGAUAUGAGAAUGCUUUUUCUUCUUACUGCUCUCAAUGCUGAUAUAAGACAACGCGUUCGAGAAAAAUUUCAUGGCCUUUCCUAUUUAUUCGAAAUAAUCAAUCAAAUCAUGUCGUCAAGAAGUGAACCAGUUGCUGCAGCUGAUUCAGACGUAACCAGAGAAGAAAUUCUGCGAAGUGAAAUUUACUUUGACAAGCGUGUUACAUUAUCAAACGAGGAUAUUGAUUAUUUAAUCGAAAUUUUGAAAACACUUUACAAUCUCACUGUUGAUUUACCGAACUUAACGCAUUCGUAUGCUAUACAGGAAGAGGAAGAAGAAGGACAUUUAAUGAGAUUAGUAAGUAUUCUUCGUGAAUUACUCUUAUGUUAUGGGCCCAACGAUGAAAAACAAAUGGAUUUACGAAAUCAUAUCAUUAAUCUUUUGACAAACAUGCCGAAAACAUGCUUUGAAGAAUUACUUUCGCCAGCGGUUUUGGAAGAUGAAAAUGGAAACGAUGAGCAUAAUGGAAAAAAUAUGGAAGCAAUUAAUAUAAUCCUUCGUUUUCUUGAUCAUCGUAUCACAAAAACUGAAGGAACGAAAAAUGCGAAAGAUGCUCUGUUACCUGUUCUUCAACUGCUCAUCCUAAUGUGUCAAUCAAAUCGGACAAUACGGAAAUUUUGUCGACAAUUUAUCUUACCACCGCUUGGUGACGAAGUUUUGAAUUUACCGACCGAAGGUCAAAAAUUACGAAAUAAAUUAACGCGUAUGAUGACAAAUCCGAAUUCGGAAUUAAAAACUCUGUCGGCGAAAUUAUUAUUUGUCCUCUGUAAAGAAAGUGUGGAUCGGUUAAUCAAAUAUACAGGUUAUGGAAAUGCAGCUGGUCUUCUCUACGAUUUUGGUCUUCUUGGUCCUCAGCAUAAUACAAACAAAGAUCAAUAUUCAAGUGAUUCAGAUGAGUCCGAUACGGAAAAUUAUAAGAAGAUUCGUGAUCAAUAUGGAAUUGAUCCGGUCACAGGUCGUGUAAAUGUUAAACGUCAUGAAGAUCCAACCGAAGGUUGGACUGAAGAACGCAAAAUGGUGGAAGUUGAUAAACUUGUUCAUACAUUAGAUCGUGCAAUGACGCAAGGUUUAAUUAAACCUAUGGUCAUGGAUCCGCAUGGUAAUCCUAUUCCGGCUGAAAGUGUUCUCCAAUUUCGCGAAGCUAAUUUACUUGCGCAACAUCCGGAUAAUCUUCGAGCUUCAGAAUCGAGUGAUGAUGAAGGUGACGGUGGUCAAAGCCAAGCAAACAAACCAAAAUAG